AUGACUCGCACCAGAGCACAGUUUGACGCCGACACUGGCGUCGACCCAUCCAUAUCCCCUCGAGUCAAGGCCGCUCGUACAGAGCUCACCACCGACGCCCCGACCGCCGCCGACACGAUGCCGAACCCUACGGUUCACAACGACCACGGCCACGACGAGACGGUUACCGCCAGUGCUACCACGCUCGCUCUCCUCGAGGAGCUCGAAUGCGGCAUUUGCGUCCAGCAGUGGAUCAAUUCUCUUCCGCGAUACCCCGCAUCCCUCCUCCCAGGCGAUCCAGUGCCCGAGCCCGUCUCUUGUCCACACUGUCGCCACGCCCCGAUCCAGACCGCCACGCCAUCGCGUGUGGCCAAGACAAUGGUCACCCUCCUCCUCGAGCGUCACCCAGACUAUGCCCGCUCGGCCAAUGAGCACGCCCAGGCCGAGGAGCUUUACGCUGCCACCGUCGGUGGCGUCCUCACUUUUCCGGUGCCCCCUCCGCCGCCGAGGCAGCUCCAACGUCACGAAUUCUGGCGUCCAUGCCGCUCUUGCUAUCCCCAAGAGGAGGGUGCAUGGAGGUGCCCGGUGCCAGUUCCUCGCUUUGAUGUGCCGUCCGAACGCGACAGGUGUCUCCGUGCCGACGGCGUCUGCCCCGAAGGCCACAGGCUCUGUGCCGGCUGCGACCGCCUCUCUCCAUCCAACGGGCCUGUUGGUAUCAACUGCGGCAUUUGUGGAGAGGGUUUCUGUGGCGAUGCCGCGUUUGGCUGCGACUGCUCGCCCGUCUCUCAGUCCAAGCCCACCAGCCAGUUCAACGCCAUCGCUUACGUUCUCGAGGACUGUCCUUCAGACAUGCUCGCGAUGGCGUUCAAGGACAACUGGACCGAAAUGUACCACCUCGGCGUCUACUUGGGCCAGAACGAGGCCACUCUCAAGGCCGGCGAUAUUUACAACGCCAUUCUCGAGUGGGUUCGCUCCCCCGAGGGUAUUGAGUCUGGUGGUCUCCUCGGCCUGAUGACCCGCGCCGACAUCAACUUGCGUUUGCGCACGGGUAUGGCCGACGAGAUGCAGCAUGCGGUCAUGGCCGUUGGCGAGGGCGAGACCCAGGCUGGCAUUUGUGGUGGCUGCGCCGAUGAGAUCUUUUGCGCUGGCAUCUUCGAAUGGUGGAUGCGCGAGCUCAAGAAGCCCGAGGUGACCAACGGGCGAGCUGCAACUAUGCAGGGUCGUCCGAACUGCAAGCAUGGCAGGAAAUGCACCAAGCAGGACAGUGACACCCAUGCAAAGAAGUUCAACCACAUCUGUGACCCCCUGCCGGCCGACGAAGCGGCCCAGAUCCAGCAAGACGAUUCGAUUCCCGUUGGCGAGCCAGCGAGCGAGCGCACCGAGGUGACUGCCGAUAAUGCCUCUGACAGCGGCUCGGAUUCCGAUGACGAGAAGGAAGAGGAUUCACGCUCCUACGUGGACGUCGGAACCCAGUACGAGUCGUCCCCUGAAGGUACUAUUAUGGUUAGGUACAGCAAGGAGACCAUCCACCCUGGUUGGAGCGUUCCUACCACUACUUCAUCUGGCGCGCUGCCAAUGUUCAACCACCCCAAGGGCCCUUCGUCUGUUCCAUCGGUCUCUAUUGCCAAUCUCAUCAACGCGGCGCCACCACCCCCACGCCCCCAGUCUGCCAACACUGCGGGUCCCUCCUCUUCUUUGCUGCGCGCGUCAUCGCCUCACGCGUCUAGUAGCAGCGCGCCCCGUGUUUCUGGUUCGGCAUCCUCACCUCUGACCGGCGCGUACUCGUGGCCCACCUACUGCGGCGCGCACACGCCCCCACCUCUUCAGCACUCGUUUGCGACCAAUGCGUCCUCCACGCUGUCGUCUGGUCCGAGCGGCACGCUGGCCAAGAUGUCGUUCCCGCCCUCCCUGAUGGCCAAGCCACCCCACCAGACUGCAGUGACGCUGGGCGGGGACCCCAAUGCGAUGGUUGCAGGCCCGUCUUCCUCGACUUCUGGCGCUGCGGACUUUGACAGCUAA